CCUACUUUUUAAUGUGACUAAUAGGGAAGAAGUGCUAAUUACUACAUUACGUUAAACAAUGUUUACUCUCUACAGCAUGUAGAGAGACAGAGUGUGUUUAAAAUGAGGACGCCUCGUUAAAUCAGUAUUACAGGUGACAGACCUCAGACAUCCGUCACACUAUUUAACUGGUCUGUACUGAGCUGUGACUCAGUUGGCAGCAAUUCCACACCCACCAAACCGAAGGGAAGGGCGACUCAUUCGCUGGACGAACACUCGGAUUUGUCCUCAAGACGUUCCACAAGAAAGAAAAUGCUGGAAAACCAAAAAUCGGGCUUUGUUAUGGACGUUGUCGAGCUGGAGUUGUUUGUAAACAACCCUCCUCAUGGAUUCACCGUCGAGAGUAGCGCGGGCUGCAGAGUCGUGAAGUGGGACCAGGAGAGCAGCUGCGUGUUCAUCAAUGAAAUCCAGACUGGAAAGGGGAAAGUGAUUUUCUGUAAUUCUCCAGGAAGAAAAGUCACAGUACGUACUUUGGGAGAGUACACAGAUUUGAGACGACAGCUGACCUCAAAGACUAUAUACAUCCUGGUGGCUGCAUGCACCGAAACAAAGGUCGAAGAAAAGAGAAACUGUGUUCGAGCUCUUGAGUAUUAUGUUGUGGCGAUCAACGGCAAUCAUCCAAUGAUCAGAUGGGAGAUGGAGAAAGGCUUAGACAUGACUAUUUCAUCUGUUGCUGGAGAAAGUUACAUAGUUGAUGUUGACAUUAGUGCUGCACUACAGGGAUGGGUCGGUGAGGGCUUUAGAAUCCUUGUUGAUAUGGAAAAGGUGAAACCCAUCUGGAAAAACACACAUUUCACCAUCAAGUACCAUUCUGACGCCCUUUUUGACUUUCCUUACUGGUUCGGCUACAGCAAACGACAGUUCAAGGUCACUUAUCACGGAAGAUGAGCUCAACACCCAAAGUGUUGUGUGAAACCACAAAGAUCUACUGAAAACAUGCUUCAGUCUGUGGAAACCGAAGCCCACAGAUGAGGAGACCAUUUAUGCACCUUAAAGGACUGCUUUAUUGUAAAUUAAACUUUAUUUAGCUCAUGUUAGCGGUAAUACAAAACAAUCAUAAAGAAAUGUAGAUCAUUGAAACUACCUAAUUAUAAUUCCUAAUUAUAAUCCUGUUAAAGCAGAAA